CAAUCUAAAUAUUUUUCAAUGAACCUCGUGUUAAAUUGUUUGUUAAACUCAUCUCAAUUCAUCUAAACCAGUACAACUUACAGUUAGUUGACUUUCACUGAUUUUCUCACCGAUAAAUUUACCUUCUUGUUAGCGACCCUUUACCUUAAAAGCAAGUCACUUGAGGUCAAAUUUGCAAGGAAGCAAAACUAGAUUAACUUGUUGUAUGAUGAUAAAAAAUAUGAAAGUAUCUUUCCAAUCCAUCAAUUUGUUAUUAUUAUGAGUUGAAGCUGAUAACAAACCAAGAUAUUGAAAAAACUGUUUAUUCACCUCAGUGAAUUUGGGUUCUGUUUGCGUCUAUUACGGGUACAAUGUCAAACGAUGAGCUUGAUCGUUACAUGUUUUCUCUUGAAGGUUACCUGCGUAAAGUUGACUCUUUACGACACUUGCCAAGGAGGACAUUAUGUAACUCGUUAUUGCCCAAUUUUGGUCACAUUGGAUCCAUCUUUUUGGCCAACUAUACCUGUCCACAAGCUUUGAGAGGACUACAAAUUAUUAUCAAGCUCAUUUUUUAUGCCAAAGAAAGCAACACCGUUGAGGAAGCUGACUGUCCAUCAUUGCAUGAUUUUAUCAACCAGCUGCAAGAUCAUAUUAUCAGUGGGAAAAUAUCGCCGUUAAGUGAUUUUGAGACUCAAAAAUUAACCUACUUACUGCCUAAAUAUCGCAACACCCAAGUGCUGACAUUAAUCAAAGACUGUCUAAAGAAUCCUGUAUCUGUUAAUAUCGAUGAAUGCAUUCAACGGAGCAGUUUAGUUGAAGACUGUGGUAAACUUAACCUGCUGUUUUUUCCCAUCAUCUUGACAUUUUGUGACAUUCUUUCACAAACUAAUGGACACUGGUUUAUCGGUAAAAUUAUUGGCAGUUUCAAAAGGAUUGUAAUCAGUCGUGUCAAUGGCAAUGUCAUCAAACUGUUUCCAUCCCAUCUACACCCAUUCCUACCUCAUUUGGAGCUUUUGGACCAACAAUUAUCUCCACAAGCUACUAGUUCAUCGCUAAUUCCCAAUCAAGCUGCUGAUAAACUCUGUCGCAACCUAGAUAAAUCACAAUCUCUCGGAAUUUGCAAAUGGUACGAAAUAGUUGCCCUACUGAUUUUAUAUCCAGUAGUAGCAGAUUUUUUGGUAACAAAUAGGCGAGAAUGGAUCGAAAAACUACGAAACUAAAAUCGAAAGGAAGCCUUUUCAAAUAGGGCUGAGCCAAGAUCUUCAAUCGAUCAAUUCCAGCUGCCAAUAAGCCCAUAUUUUCCUAUCAUUCACCGCAACAGGUUACAUUAUGGCGGCAACUAUAACCUGAAAAAUUUACUGCAUCACUACUAAUCCUUUGUAUGUCAAAGGAGUAAAAUAUUUACUUAAAAAUGAAAAAAUUCGUUGUUGGCCAUCCAAUUGAACUGAAAACAAUAAUAAACUGUGAUCUUUCAAGUUGGUUUGGUUACAGUUGGUUACAACAAAAACAUUAGGAAACAAUUUAUUGACAUUUUUACACAUCUACGAAACAUUCAGAACACAUCAAAAGCCGACUUCUUUAAAUAUCAUUGAUUGAUAUCGACAAUUUUUACCAAAUUUUCUUAAAUCUAUUCGAAACAACUAAAUGUUCAUUUCAAAUCAUUUUGUAAAUAUUGAGCCAACGUAAUAAAAAACAUUUCAAAUAAUGUA